AUGUCAUCUUCUAAGGACUACAAAUUAGAGGUAGUUCCACCUAUUGAUUCAAAAUUACUACAAUCAGCAAACGUUGUAAAUUUUAUAGUCAGGAACAAGAGUCCACCACGAUUAGUCCAAUACAGAAUAUACAUUUUAGCAUGUCUAGUUGGUCUUAUAUGCUAUCAAACUACUAGGGUUAAGUUAUGGGGCAUCCGGGACCAAGCAGUACAGAUCAUUUUCAUAACCGGUGCCUUGAUGGCUUUGGUUAGUUUGAGGCAAGAGCCUCAAGAUACAAUGAUAGUUAUGAGAGAUAUCGGAAUCCAAUUGGAAUCCAAAAAGGCAUGGAGAUUUCAAACAAAAGUUGAACAUUUUGUUCCCUUGAAGAGUAUGAUUGAUUUAGUUAUACACGAGGGAUUUCAUGGUUAUGGCCAAGUAAUAUUUUAUUUAUGUGUCCUCAAAAGACCCAAAGACAGUGCUACCCAGGAUAACAGUCUCAUCAAGAUAAUUUUUCCCGAAUUUCUCCCUAGAAAAGAAGUUUUGAUUGACGUUUGGAGACUUAGUAGAGAGCUAUUGUUCGGAAGCAAUAGACGAUAUUGGAGAAGAAUUCCUGGCCAGGGACUCAAGCAGAUAAAUUAA